UCUAGUGCAUCAUCAGACUUAUAAGCGAUGCAAAGCAGUGCACCACAGAAUCUCCCACCAACCAACCAAAAAUAAUAUAUAAAAUAAUUUGAAGAAAAUGAUUUCUUCAAUAAUAAGGAUUUUGUUUUUUAUAAGCUUAAUCCUUAACGUCCGCAGUAGGCCACAAUUCAACAUUGGAGUAAUCUUCGAAAAUGAAAACAGUGAAGGUGAAAUAGCAUUUCGUUCAGCUGUCGACCGAGUUAAUAUUCAUGAACGAAGUUUCGAGCUAACGCCUAUAUUUAAAUAUGUCAGAACCGAAGAUAGUUUCAUUGUUGAGAAAGCAGUGUGCAGCCUAUUUUCGCAAAAUGUAAUUGCUAUUUUUGGUCCAAAUAAUGCUGACGGUUCUGGAAUCAUUAGUUCGAUAUGCAACACUUUGGAUAUACCACACAUUCUGUUCGAUUGGUCACCGACAGAAGCUCUAGUUGAUCGACAGUUUUCUUCGAUGACAUUGAAUGUGCAUCCAGAUAAUUUGGUGCUAGCAAGGGCAAUGGCAGAUAUUGUAGCUGGUCUACAGUGGAGGAGUUACACAAUUAUUUAUGAAACUGAAAGAGAACUCAUGCAAUUGCAAGACGUCAUUCAAAUUCACGAUCCAAAAAGUAAUCCCACAACUAUUCGACAAUUGAGCGAAGGACCUGAUUAUAGACCAUUUUUGAAAAGUAUCAAACUCGAAGGUGAUGCGUGCAUAGUUUUACAUUGUUCUCCAGAAAAUAUAAUGCAUAUCUUGAAACAAGCUGAUGAACUUAAAAUGCUAGGGGAAUAUCAGAGUGUAUUUAUACCAUCUUUGGAUACACAUACAUUAGAUUUUGGAGAUCUUCAGCAUAUAGCGGCAAAUUUAACAACAGCUCGUAUAAUGGAUCCAACUGAUUUUCAUGUUAAAAAUGCCGUACACGAUUGGGAGGAGCGUGAGAAACGUGAAGGACGUUAUUAUAAAACUCUUACUACGCAAGUAAAGACUAAUAUGCUUCUCAUAAGUGAUGCUGUAUGGGUUUUCGCCAAAGGCUUAGCUGAGUUAGGUAUAGCCGAAGAAAUUAAUUUACCAAAAGUUGAAUGUCGCAAAAAUAAGCCUUGGCCUUUUGGCAGACGAAUUAUUGAAUUUAUCAAAGGACGUUCUGAAGAAGCAACAACGGGACGAAUCAAUUUUAACGAAUAUGGACAAAGGAAUUUUUUUACAGUUAGAGUACUUGAAUUUACUAAUAAUGGCUUUUUGGAACUUGGUGUUUGGGACACUGUAAACGGUUUGGAUAUUGGGGUCGAUGAGGAUGUGAAUGCACAACGAGUUGGCGAAAAGCUGGCGAAUAAAACUUUUAUUAUUACAUCUAGGAUUGGAGCUCCAUUUUUAUUGAAAAGAGAGCCCAAAGAAGGUGAAACCUUUGAAGGCAAUGCCAGGUACGAAGGGUAUUCAAUGGAUCUUAUUGACAGAAUAGCUCAACUUCUCGGAUUCAAAUAUGUGUUUGAAUUAGCACCAGAUGGAAAAUAUGGCUCAUAUAAUAAAGUCACUAAACAAUGGGAUGGCUUGGUUAAGCAGCUGUUAGAUGGAAACGCAGAUUUAGGAAUUUGCGAUCUAACAAUGACAUCAUCUCGUCGGACAGUUGUCGAUUUUACCCCACCAUUUAUGACACUGGGUAUAAGCAUUUUGUACUCAAAGCCUGAAAGUCCACCCCCAGAUUUGUUUUCAUUUCUGUCUCCAUUUUCAUUGGAUGUAUGGAUUUACAUGGCAACUGCUUACUCGGGUGUCUCUUUGUUGCUGUUUGCUUUGUCAAGAAUGGCACCAGCCGACUGGGAAAAUCCACAUCCUUGCAAGGAGGCCGAAGAAGUCGAGAAUAUAUGGAGCAUAAUGAAUACAACAUGGCUGACAAUGGGCUCUAUAAUGGGACAAGGAUGUGAUAUUCUACCAAAAUCAGCGUCAGCGCGUCUAGCUACUGGAAUGUGGUGGUUUUUUGCUCUUAUGAUGUUAAAUUCCUACACAGCAAAUUUAGCUGCAUUCUUGACUAUGUCUCGAAUGGAUAGCUCAAUUGAAAGUGCGGAAGAUCUAGCUAGUCAAAGUAAAAUCAAAUAUGGAGCAGUGACUGGAGGCAGUACCAUGGCAUUCUUUAGGGAUUCAAACAUGAGUACUUAUCAGAAAAUGUGGGCUGCAAUGGAAUCUGCACGCCCUUCAGUUUUUACCAAAAGCAACGAUGAAGGUGUCGAGCGUGUUCAAAAAGGCAAACGACUUUAUGCUUAUUUAAUGGAAUCAACCACUCUUGAGUAUAUUGUUGAAAGGAAGUGCGAAUUGAUGCAAGUUGGAGCUUGGCUUGAUUAUAAGACUUAUGGAAUAGCUAUGCCUUUUAAUUCACCAUAUCGCAAGCAAAUAAGUAAAGCCGUUUUGAAGCUGGGCGAGUCUGGAACUUUGGCAGAACUUAAACGUAAAUGGUGGAAAGAGAAACAUGGAGGCGGUCGUUGUUCACAAAUGGCAGCUGAAAGCGCUGACACUCCGGAAUUGGGUGUUGAAAAUGUUGGUGGUGUAUUUCUUGUGUUGGGACUUGGAUUACUUUCAGCAAUUGGUAUUGGUUUAGUGGAAUUUUUAUGGAAUGUUAAAGAAGUUGCUAUUAACGAAAAGAUAUCACUUUUGGAAGCAUUGAAAUUAGAGACAAUGUUUGCUAUACAAUUUUGGAUUACAACGAAACCUGUUCGACAAAGUAGUGGCAGUUCAUCGUCGUCAUCGAAAAGUUCAAAGAGCUCAUCAAAAUCUGGAAGCUCUCAAGGAAGUUCCAGUGGUGAUGGCAAAUCUGUUAGUGAUAAACUGAGGAAAAUAAGUUCAAUGUUUUCAUUGAAGUCCUUGAGAAGCAACAUUGUUGGAGAUAAUGAAGAUCAUCAACAGAUAAAAGAAAGUGCACACAAAGGAGAUGGCAAGAAUGGAAAAUUGUCAAAUCACGACGUUUAAUUUAAGAAUUAUAUCAAAUGCAACUGGUAUUGGAAUUUUGUUUAUCAUUUAAAUAACGACAUUACAUUUUUCUCAUCUUUAUUUUUUUGAACAUAAUAACGUACAUAAAUAAAUGUUUGAAGUAUUUUAAAAAUUCAGAAAGGA